AUGCCGACUCUUUCUGCAGUACGGACGGCAAACGCAGCGUUCUCUUUCAGCCGACCACCUGUUGCUGUCUUCGUGGGCGGAACCUCUGGUAUAGGCCAAGCUUUGUCUCGCGCACUCGCCGGCUACACGCAAGGGAACAGCAACAUCGUUCUGUGCGGUCGCAACCGCUCGGCUGCAGAACAGACCAUCAAGUCCUACCCGAAGCCUACCUCACUCGGUCUAAGGAGCUCUCAUUCCUUCGUGGAGAGCGACAUCUUCCAGAUGAAGAACGUACAGAAGACGACGUCCUCCUUACUGUCGUCUCUACCGAAAGUCAACCUUCUAGUGCUCUCUACUGGCUUCAUGGACUUCAGAGGACGCGACGAGACUGAUGAAGGGAUCGACAAGAGGCUCGCGCUGAACUACUACGCGCGAUGGAAGUUCAUCUACGACCUCCUUCCUCUGCUGAAGAAGGCGAAGGACGCCGGAGAGGAGGCGAGGGUCAUGUCCAUCCUGGGUCCUGGUUCGGGGUGGAAGGUGGAUCUCGAUGACCUCGGGCUGAAGAAGAGAUACAAUCCUCUAAAGGCUCUCACGUCCGCGGCGACGUACAACGACCUCAUGAUCGAGAGCUUCGCAGAACUAGAGCCACGGAUGUCAUUCGUACACGCGUUCCCUGGGCUCGUACGUACGCCACUUAUGGGCAGCAUUGGCAAGGUGCUGCUCUACCCUGUCUCCGCCACGCCCGACGUUUGCGCCGAACGCAUGCUGUAUGCAUUGCUGCAGAGCCCACCGGGGUCUUCUCGCCGGGACAACAAAGGCGAUGACAUGGGGAAGAAGAGAUACUACGGCACGGAUGAGGCUAGGGAGCGGCUUUGGGAACACACGCUCGAGGAGGUGAACCGAAAGGGCAAACAUUGA